CGAAGCGCAGCUGCGGCGAAUAAGCGCUCUUCGUUACAAAGAAAACCCCCCUAUACAGAUAUCGAUUCCGUCGCUCGGGACCGAUGAUCGGUAACCGUUUACUCGGGUGGGAGCAGGUUUACACCCCGCGUUGACGGAAGCGCGUCCGGAAUUUCGCUUUUAAGUCGCGUUGGGAAGGAAGCGGCGCGAGGCCCGACCGAAGGCUCGAGCGGCGGCUCUGGAAAGUUUGUUGUUGUCACGUGACCCGAUGCUAAUGUGGCGCUGAAGUUUGCCGUCGCCUCGCCAAACCAGCCCGCUCACAGAAGUCCGCGCUCCUCCCCGUCUCGCACCCCCGCCGACACCAUGCCUCAGCCGAAACACCGCAAGAUCGCCGUGAUGGGUUACAGGUCCGUAGGAAAGUCAUCUCUCACCAUACAGUUUGUGGAAGGACAGUUUGUUGACUCCUACGACCCCACCAUUGAAAACACUUUCAACAAAAUGGUUUCCGUCAAUGGUCAAGACUUCAAUCUUCAGCUGGUCGACACAGCCGGACAAGAUGAGUACUCAAUUUUUGCUCAGUCCCACUCAGUGGACAUCCAUGGGUAUGUCCUUGUCUACUCGGUAACAUCCAUGAAAAGUUUUGAAGUUGUACAGGCUCUACAUGACAAGCUGCUGGAUAUGGUUGGAAAGAUUCAGGUUCCGACUGUUCUUGUUGGGAACAAAAAAGAUCUCCACAUGGAAAGGAUGAUCAAGCCAGAGGAGGGAAAGAAACUGGCUGAUUCUUGGGGCGCUGCAUUCAUGGAGUCCUCGGCCAAGGAGAACGAGACUGCUGUGGAGGUUUUCAAGCGGAUCAUUUUGGAGAUGGAGAAGGCUGACGGAAAUGCACCCACAGAGGAGAAAAAAUGCGCUGUAAUGUAAACAUUCACCUGGACAUCAGUAAGCAUGUUUGCUGAAGACCGGAGGCACAACCUCAUCAGCAUGCCAGUCCUGACCUCCGUGGUACCAAGGAGCUGCAACGGCAGUUUGCUUCUCCAUUGUACCAACAAAUGAAUUGACACAAGCAACAAUUGCUCAGAGUUAAAUUGCCCCCAGUAAUUCUGACUAAAGGGAGACGUUUCCAUGAGCAGGAUUAGUCUGUCUUAGACAAAAGAACAUCUUCAAGUGAAGAAAUUCAUUCAGAGUUGGGCUGUCGUCUAGGAUGAGGUGUAAUCCCUGUGUUGACCCACACCAUAUGUUAUAUAAACUAAAGAUAUUGCCAAAUGUAGUAGCCCCGAGUAAUUAGCAUGAACCUGAAUCCUAAGUAUUUGCUGAUAACCACUUGUCGCACAUCCAGAGUUGUAGACACGAUUGGCUUGUGUCAUACAACUUGCUGACUAGUUUCUUCACUGUACAGUAAGGGCUGAUAAAUGAAUAAUGUCCACACAAUAUACCUGAAAUCUUUUUAUGGACCCGGUGUGUUUUUCAGCCCCCUCAGACGAAUGUGGGGAGCACCAGUGCACAUUGCUCAUAACGUGGUGUUUGGAGCGCCACUAUUGUUCACAGGUAGUGGAUUUCUGAAAACACCCCACGAUGAGACUUGUCUCAUAAGUUAUUCACAUACUUUUUUUUUUCAAUGUUAUUUUCAGCAGCACAACUUCAGGUGUCUUUUCUUUUUUCAUCUAUGAAAUGUUAACUGUCUUGACGACAGAAAAAAAACACAUUUGUAUAUUCCAUGAUAUGUUUUGAUUUUUAAGCUCUUCUGCCAAGCAGAUUUGUCCUUUUUUCCCUUCUUUUCUACAGUUUACUUUUAUUAUCGACUGUAAUAAAGCUGAUGUCAUCUGACGGGCAACUCUGCGAACGAAAUGACGUUUAGAGUGAAACAGAUCAUUGAUUUUGUACAAGCCGUGGCCUUCAGGUGAUCUAGAAUUAGGAUCUUGUAAACUGGUUUGGUAGGAUUGGCUGCACUUUGAAAAAUGCAGGUUUGCCUUCUCCCUCAGUACGUAGACCAUGUGCAAACGGAAGACUGUUGAGUUUCUUUUUUUUAAUUCCAUUUUAAUGCUGCAGAAUAUUCUGAAGUAGUACACGGGGGGGGGGGGGUACCGAGUCCACCGAGUUAAUUGUGAACUUCUGGUUUUGAUUCCCUGGUUGAUACUGGCUUGGUAAAAGGAAGCCAGUGCAAUCCCGUUAAUUAAGUCACGGAGUGGAAUUGCAGUGGACGCCAUUAGACACACGAGGCCCUCAAUGAUCUUUUCCCCCUAGCCGGCGAAGCAUUACGACGAAAUUAUAGAAAGGCUGCUUUUUAUCCCCACUGCUCUUGUUUUCUUGCGAACUGGUUAUUCGUUUAGCCUUUUUAUUGACCUCUCUCUCGAGCAAGUAGUUGAUUGACGCGUGAUUGGUGGUAGUCAAAGACAAAGCUGGUGAUGCUGUGUCUUGUGCCUUACAGUUCUUCUUCAAACCUCUUCCUCAUUUGCUUCCCUUCCUGACUCAAGGUGCUCUUAAGGGUUUUUUUUCCUUCCGUUGACGUGACCCUACGGGGAAACCUGGUGGUGUUGUGCGCCUAAACACCAAUAUUCCCAUGCUGGUCAACGUCGACUCAGAAAUCUUGCUGUAAACAGUUUUGUAUAUAAAUAAAUCCUUUACUCCUUUGCA